CACGGCUGAUUCGCAACGAGGAACGCGGGAUGGCUUUAUUUCGGAUGCCGGCAGAGAUGUUAUGGUCUCUCCCGGCAGAGUUAAUGUGGAACUCUGUUCUGGUGGGGACGCUAACCGCAAUCGCGCUCCAGCCUCUGUCUGGUAACUAACUGGUUGAAUAGUUGGUAGCGAGCGAGUGGCCGAGUAGCCUGUGCGCGAACAGUGUUCGUUGGUUGGUUCGUUGUUUGCGCGCGUUGUGCGUUGUGACUCCAGUGCGUCGUCCGCCCCAUGCUAGAGGCGGCUGCCGCCCCCGACUGGCAUGGACGACAAGGGAGUCGUCGCCGACGAGGAUUGCCCGCCCUCGCUCAGAAUCUGCACCGUGGCCCGCCCCCAGGACGGCUCCUGCGGCUUUCAUCUCAGUCGCACCACAUGGGAUCCGUAUCCUUGGAUUAGUGAGGUGGAGACAGGCUCGGCGGCAGAGAGCGCCGGCCUACAGGUGGGUGAUUGCGUGCUCGAGGUGAAUGGAGAGGAUGUUCUCGGCCUCCGCAUUGGGGAGGUGGCGCUCAAAGUCUACUCACGCGACCGCUUCGUCAAACUGCUAUUGUGGAACGCUGGAUCCGACUCCAAUGGCACUAUAUGGUUGUCGGGAGGCAGCGGUCCAACACCAAUGAGCCUGCAACGACUGGCCGUGUGCUUGCAGUCAGUGGUGCAGCUGCUGGAGUGUCCCGUCUGCCUGGAGACCGCUCCUCCGCCCGCCUACCAAUGCUGCAACGGACAUCUGCUCUGCUCCGACUGCAGGGCCAAUGCAGACCGCUGCCCCGUCUGCAGGGUGCAGCUUGGCAGCAGGGGACGCUGUCUGGUGGCCGACAAGCUGCACGCCCUGCUCACCAGCACCUUCUUCAGAGAAUGUCACCCCAAGAAGCGCCGUGGAGCGCUGCGCAGCAAAGCUGUGCCCCGUUUGAAACUCAAAUCCCGCCUACCCUCCAUCAAACUCCAGGAGGAGCUAGAAUCAGUGACUGGGAAACACAUCAAUGCUCCCCUGUUCCACUGCCCUGCUGCCGACUGCACCGAACAACUCUCCACUGCCGACCUGCUCCUCAAACACAUCCAACACAUUCACGAAGGACCUCUCGUCCAGUACUUCCCAAAACAUUCAUCAGUAUCUCUCUAUCUUCCUAUCUCGCCGCUGACUCUCAUCAACACUAGAGGCCUGCAGAUAUUCGUGCGUGUUAUUCCGCAGAAAACAGAUCACCUAGUGGUGUGGCUGUGGGCGGUCGCCGACCCGGAAACAGUGUCCAACUUCCGGUUCCGCCUCACGCGUCCCGACGCAUCCCCCUAUUGUCCCGUUCAGUCUCUCACACAAUCGGCGACCGAUAUACUGUUAGCCGAAAAUUUUAUUUCUAUUGACAAACCAGCUACCGGUAAACUGGAUCUGACUAUUUCUCAAACCGAGGCGAAGAAAUGCGAAGUGGUGUCACGAAAAAUUGAAGAAUAGGAAUUAAUUUGGAAGUGAGUUUAACCAUUUGACUGAAGAUGCUAUACUGUGAAGAUCCAGUAUGCUAUGAUUGAUAAGAUCUGUUGCUCUGAUAAUAGGAACAUGUUUGAAGUAAAAUAACAGAUUCGUAUUUGACUAUCAAUUUGGUGCUGCAGUAAUGGAACAUUUCAAACCUAUGAUAUUGUAAUAAUUAUAAUUAAAUUUGGAAAGCAUUUAUAAAUGGAGAAAGUGUGUGACUGUAGUGAGAAUAAUGAAUGAGUCUCAUUUGGCUGUGAUAAACAAUAUGCUGAGUGCCGCUCGGGGAAUCUUGAUUAUAUUUUUAAGAUUCCUUGGGAUGGGAGUUUCUUUCAACCUUGCACGAGAGCAUUAAAAGAUUCUAAACGACUUUUGGUUUUCAAUCAUGAUUAUAUCUUACUAAAACUCUUUCCAUUAUGAAGUGCACUAAGUUUCCUAUUUCUAGAGUUGCUAAUAAUGUUAAUUUAGCAUUAAGAAAGAUUGAAUAAUACUGAAAUUUUGAUACCCCCAUGGCUUCAAUUGUUGGAUUACUUUUUUCUGUUGAAGUUUCUGAAUUCUUCGAAGGACUAACAAAUUGAUAAAAGUUUGUCUUUGGAAAAUUUUUGUCAUGAGAAGCGUUUUUCAAUUGCUGCUGAUAAGGAGCGCUCUUCUAUAUAGUAUAAUAUUAAAUUUAUUUAUUUAGAAGAGAAGGAACUCUCAUACUAGAGAAAAAUGAAGAUUUUAUUUAUAAUAAUUUUAUUCCACAUAAUCUCUUAUUGCUACCGAUCAUCUCCAUUGCAGAGAUUAAUUUUUGAUUUCUAGAGAGGGACUAGAAAUCCUCAUACUCCUAUAUAGCUGACUAUAGGCCAAUUAAAAACAUAUAGGACUAUUUUGUAGGCCAAUUAAAAACAUUUUCAUGAAAUUGAUUAUGAAUGUUUCCAAAGAUACAUUACCGAUAAAGUCUCGUAUGUACGAGUAAGCGGGAAGCAUGCGUGUAAUUUGUGAUUUUUUUUCAAUAAAAUAUUUUUUGCAUUUAGUUA